CUUUUUUGACUUGCUUUGGUGGAAAGCCACCUGGCUUUAUAACAUUAUUAUUAUUAUUAUAAAUAAACCGCAAGUCAAUCUUCUUUGAUAUCCACGACGGAAACUAUCCGGAGACUUAGGAUAGAUCGGUAAGCGCCAGAAACUAUGUGUACCUUAGAGAAACAUGGCGAUGUUUUCAUCUUAACCUUAACAGGUUCCUCCGAUCUAGACGAGCAUCGGUUCAGUCCACCCGUCAUCGACUCCAUACUUGCCGCUCUCUCCCAAGCCAGAGCCCAAGCCACUCCUGGAUCGGUUCUUAUCACCACUUCUCAUGGAAAAUUCUUUUCCAACGGUUUCGAUCUCGCCUGGGCCCAAGCUGCAGGCUCUAGAACCGGCGCCCGAGAACGUCUCCACCACAUGAUCGAGAUUUUUAAGCCCAUUGUAGCAGCUAUGAUCUCUUUACCUAUGCCCACCGUGGCCGCUGUCAACGGCCACGCAGCCGCCGCCGGCUUCGUCCUUGUCCUUAGCCACGACUACGCGCUGAUGAGGGGCGACAAAGGCGUGUUGUACAUGAGCGAAGUGGAUAUCGGGCUCACUUUACCAGAUUAUUUUGCGGCUCUGUUUCGGGCGAAAAUCGGUUCAGCUUUGGUUCGGCGGGAUAUAUUACUAAGAGCCACGAAGAUCAAGGGAGAAGAAGCGGUGAAGAUGGGGAUUGUGGAUUCUGCGCAUGAUAGCAUGGAAGAGGUGACCGAGGCUAGCUUGCGCCUGGGGAAGGAAUUGGCAAGCAAGAAAUGGAGUGGUGAGGUGUAUGCGGAGAUAAGGAAGAGUCUGUAUCCGGAGCUAUGUGGCGUCUUGGGAUUGGUUGAAAAAGCGGUAAUUGCCAAUUCUAGUCUUUAAUGAUCUUCUCAAAAUUUUCUGUUUUGGGUUAAAUUAACAAUGACGUCCAACAGUUUAUGUUUGUAUAAUAAGGAGAACAUUUGAACCUUUGGAAUUUUUGUGCUGCAAAUAUUUAUCAUUUUGGA